AUGGAAGGUCUUAAUCAGUACUUGGGUUGUUUUAUUGAUCAUAUUGAUAAUCGUGAUUUUGAAAUAUUUAUUGGUGAUUAUCAACAUUUAACUUCUAUACAAUGUAUUUUUGCUUGUCAAAAGCAAAAUUAUCGCUAUGCAGCUAUACAAAAUGGUAAUGAAUGUCGUUGCGGAAAUGAUUAUGGCAAAUAUGGUCAAGUAUUGGAUGAUGAAUGUAAUUAUUCGUGUGUAACAUCUGAGAAGUGUGGUGGUAAUAAGCGAAAUAGUGUUUACAAUGUUAAUAAUUCAAUUGAUAUGUCUAAAACAGAUUUGCCAUGUCUGAAUACUAUGGUUGGUUAUCAAGGUUGUUUUGAUAGUGUAAUUUAUUUAUGUCAUUGUGGAAAUGAAUUAAAUUUACCCUCUGUGAAUUCAGUUGUAUGUAAUAUUCCAUGUAAUAGGAGUGUAAAUGCUAUGACAAUUGAUUGCUGUGGUGGUCUUCAUACAUUCAGUGUUUAUAAUACUAAAAAUUAUCGUUAG